AUGCCUAAUCGGAAUGCAGAUGAACGUCGUCCUUUUGUUGCCGAUGAUGAAAUUGCUGUUACUUAUGAUUCGACUAAAGUUGAUAUAGCAACAGUAGCAGAUGAUCAUCUGGCAAUUGAUCAUCCGCUAACAAUGUCAUGGCAACAAUUAAAUGUAACUAUCGAUAUUAUACCACGUAAUAAUAAAUGGUUCAAACAAUCAAAAAAUGUACUAUUUACUAAACAAUUACUUGCUAAUUUAAAUGGUCAUGCAGUACCAGGAAAAAUUGUUGCUAUUAUGGGUAGUUCAGGAGCUGGAAAAACAACAUUACUUGGCAUAUUAAGUGGUCGUUUCAAUAAACAUUUAAAAAUAUCUGGUACAAUUUCUCUCAAUGGACUACGUGUUGAUGGAUCAACUUUAUUGAAUCGAUGUGGUUAUAUUGAACAAAAUGAAUUAUUUAUUGGAUCGAUGACUGUUCGUGAACAUCUUACUUUUCAGGCUAUGCUUCGUAUGAAAACGAAUACAGAUGAAUAUCGACGUGAACGUAUUGAAGAUGUAUUACAAGUAUUAGAUUUAAUAUCAUGUCAAAAUACAAUUAUUGGUAUACCAGGAAAAUUAAAAGGAUUAUCCGGUGGUGAACUACGUCGUUUAACAUUUGCAUCAGUUAUACUUACUAAUCCUGCACUAUUACUUAUUGAUGAACCAACAUCAGGACUUGAUAGUAAUUUAGCGAUAUCAGUAAUGAAUACAAUGAAACGAUUAGCUGAUCAAGGUAAAACUAUUAUAUCAGUACUUCAUCAACCAUCAAGUCAAAUAUUUCAUAUGGUUGAUACUUUAUGUUUACUUUCACAUGGUCAUCUUGUUUAUUUUGGUGCACGUAUUGAUGCACCAGAUUUUUUUCAAUCAAUGGAUCGUCAGUGUCCACCGAAUUGUAAUCCAUCAGAAUUUUAUAUUGAACAAUUAUCAUCACGUUCUGACGAUACUAAAGAUGGAGAUGAAUCAACUCAAUUACCAUUAGAAUGGAAACAUGCUGUUGAACAAUUUCAACAAUCACAAUAUAAUCAAAAAUUACAAAAAUCAAUUGAAGAUGAAAUAAUUCUUAGUAAAAUGAGAUCAGACAAAUUCGAAACAGAUAUCUGUUAUCAAUCAAAUUUUUUUCGACAACUUAAAUGGUUAUUAUGGCGUUCAUUUCGUGCAUCAUCAAGAAAUCCAGUUCAUUCAACAAGUUUAUUAAUUAAAUCUGUUUUACCUGCACUUAUUCUUGGUGUUCUAUAUUUUCAAUUAAAACAAACACCAGAAAUUGUACAAAAUCUCAAUGCUAUUUCAUUUGUUAUUUUAACAAGUGUCUGUUAUACAAAUGCAUUUGUUAUUUUAGCUACAUUUCCAGGUGAAUUUCAAGUAUUUAAACGUGAACAUCGCCGUCGUUUAUAUGGUACAAGUGCAUAUUAUAUUGCAAGAUUUUUUACAGAAUUACCAUUUUUUAUUAUUAUGCCAUGGAUAUUUACAACCAUAGUUUAUGUUUGUGUUGGUAUUAGUAAAUCAUUUUUAACAUAUAUAUUAUAUUGUUUAUUUGCAAUAUUAGCUACAAAUGCAUCGGUAGCUUUUUCGGGAAUAAUAGCAGCAUUAUCUAAUUCAGUUGAUAGUGCUGUAUCAGUUGCAUUACCACUUUUAGAAAUAUUUAUGUUAUUUGGAGGAUUUUUUCUUAAUAAUGCUUCUGUUCCGGUUUAUUUUACUUGGUUACAAUAUUCAACAUGGUAUUAUUAUGCAUAUUCAUUAAUACUUAUUUUCCUAUGGCGUGAUAUAAAACAUAUUCCAUGUGAUACACAAGGUUUUUGUUUAUCAAACGGUGAUAAAGUAUUAGAAUUUUAUCAAAUAGAUAAACAUCUUAUUGCAUUUUAUUUGGGAAUGUUAUUAUUAUUGAUUAUUGUAUAUCAUUCAAUUACUUUUAUUAUUAUAUGGAUACGAGCAAAACGUGCAUAA